AAUGUACUUUCAAUAGAGUCUCCAUCUCCUUCCGUCACGUCGAAAGCUUUAUCACACGUAUACCCAACUUCUCAGCUAGAAGGUUUUGAAACGACUACGGCUUGAAUUAACAUCGAGCAUGGCGGCAGUGCUGCAAGCAGUGCGAGCCAGGCUUCGCCGCCUGCUAGGGACUGAUGAGAACGGGACCGUAAUGAAGAUACGCAGGCGAAACCAGUUUAACAAUUUUAUAUGGAAGUCGCUACCAAUAAUCAGGUUGAUCCUUCUGGUAGCUGGCUAUGCCUGGAUGCUUGCCAUUCCGCUACCUAAUCUAGGGAGGAAAACAUACAUCGACGAAAACGCCUUGCAGCCAGGUCAAGUAAAUACUUACUGGAACUGGCCUGAUGUGCUUCGAGCCGACCGUUACUUAGCUGACUUAGAGGGACUGCGUGAUAGAAAUGCUUCUAGCGCGGAACAGGCUGCUUAUAUUGUAGACGAAUUCAAGAAGCUGGGGAUUCCUUCGGCAACGCAGGCAUACUCAUUCACAGGCACAUCUGGGGUGUCCAACGGGACGAAUGCAUAUGCCAUUCACUCCUCGCCUCGCGCAUCGGGUGCUGAAGCUAUACUUAUAUCCGCUUCACGCAUCAGUCGGACUGGUGAUCUUAACUUGCGUGGCAUAUCCACUGUGAUAUCACUGGCCGCGUAUCUGAAAGGUUCUUCACUGUGGGCAAAAGACUUGAUUUUCGUCAUCAGCGAUGAUCACCUUCUAGGCAUGCAGGCGUGGAUUACAAGCUACCAUGGCUCAGAGCAGUCGGGUCUUGUUGCCGACCCUUUGACACUGUCUUCCGGUGUCAUCUGGACUGCUCUGAAUAUCGACUAUCCUGGGCACUCUUUCUCUCACCUUGGAGUCUUCUUUGAGGGACUCAAUGGCCGACUUCCCAACCAAGAUCUCAUUAAUUCCUUUGGUCUAAUUUCCGUUUACACCGGUGGCGUUCCCAUCCUUCUUUAUGACCACCGUGACCCUCGCGAGGUCCCACACCUCGAAUCGAAGUUGUCCAUUAUACCUUCCUGGCUACCGGAGAUCGUUAAGAAACAAGAUGCAGUCAAGGAGUAUGGUUUCCGAGCAAAGAAUAUCUUGAGGCAUGUUGGCUAUCAAGCAAGGGGACAAACUAGUGGCGUCCAUGGGCUGUUGCAUCGUUUCCGUAUUGACGCCAUUACCCUAUUCGCCGUUCCUGCCACAGGGCCGCAUGGCUUCCACGCAAUCGGACGGAUUAUUGAGUCGACUCUUAGAACGAUGAAUAACCUGUUAGAGCGGCUUCACGCGUCGUUCUUCUUCUAUCUUCUAGUGCUUCCAUCGACCUUCCUCAAAAUUGGUACCUAUCUACCCAGUGUCAUUCUCGUCAGCGUGUCAAUGAUGUUCACUGGACUGGGCGAAUGGGUCGAUGCACGUUGGUACCAGCCGAAACAAUCAUCAAUAGAGGAGAAAGCAGCCAAUGGCCAGGCGAAAAGUGAGGCAAUUCCAAGACCUCGCCCCGUGCUGAAAGCUUUGUCGAUCGUUCUUCUCACUCACCUCGCUGGAAUUGCGCUCUUCUACUUGCGCACCUUGAGUCUCGCGUCAGGUUCAGAGACGAUGUCGCUGUUACUCUUCUUCUUAAUGGCUUCGGUGCCACUGAUCGCGUUGACGGCUCACCCUUCUCCGCCUCAAGCAGUCGCACCACUAUCCAAAACCUUGAAAGCCUUCAAUCUUUGCUUUGCAUCUACAGUCAUAUCCGUCACAUCUGUGCUCAAUUUCUCACUUGCCGCUGCGCUAGCAGUGUCGCUUGGUGUGCCACUCUCGUACUCGUCUCCAAGCCGGUCGUCACUGGGUAUCAAACUCGCGGGAUAUACUAUUUACGCCGUCUUGGGAUUCGGUUGGUUGGUUCUUUGUAGAAAGGAGGUUCAGGAGGCAAUCUGGAACUGGGAAGUGUUGGGAGCAUGGUUUGCACUGUUUGUUUGUAUAAUUUAUUCGCCUUUGGUGCUUCAAGCAGCUAUAGUUUCUGUCUUGCCGCCGUAGCAGUAGAUAGAGAUACAGCGCGAUGCUCAGCGCGGCAUGCUCAUAUAAUCCAGUAAAAUAAAGGGCGGAGAGCUGCGGCCUGUAUAAAUAACUCAUCCUACAUCCAUGUCUACACCUUCAUCAUCACC